AUGACUCCAUCGGCCUAUCCUGCUGCGGUUGGUGAUGUAUCCAGCACCAAGGCCAGCGGAAGCCGUCGUUGGAACUGCCACGAGCUUGUAUCAAGACAGCAUGGGCGAUUCUCAUGCAGACUGGAUCCGGCAAAUCGAUGCAUCAUCCAGCCACCCAUGAUAUUUUUUGCCCUGGUCAAUUUCGCUCCCGCGGAUGAGCUCGACCUCGCCUUGAAACACCUGGAAGAAGCCAAGCAAAUUAUCUUCAACAGCAGCCCUGUGAUAAUCUUCAUGAUUAAUCCACCCAAACCGGGCCUCCAAGGACCGGUGGAUGAUAGGGGGUUUCACGAAAUCCAUCCAGAACGCAUUUCGAAUGCGCUGACUGUGUACAACAAAGUCAGCGGCAUUAGCGAAGAAAAUAUUGUCGGAUUGUUUGAGGUGAUCCAGCCGCGAUACUAA